UAACCAUUGAUCCCCCAAUUGAAUUGAGAUUAUUCCCCUCGUCAACAUGCCAGUCCCCGAUGCCGAUAUCCACCCCGAGGCCACUGGCCCCGCCAAAGCUCUAGUCGCCAACCACCAAGCCGAACAGCCCCUAAAGUUCUAUGCGGGGUGGUUCUGUCCCUUCGUCCAACGCGUCUGGCUUGCCCUCGAAGAGAAACAGAUCCCGUACCAAUACAUCGAAGUGAACCCCUACCACAAACAACCUUCCUUCCUCGCCCUGAACCCGCGCGGCCUCGUCCCGACCAUCACCUCCCCGGAUACCUCCUCCACUGCGCGCCCGCUCUACGAGUCCACCGUCAUCCUCGAAUACCUCGAGGAAGCCUACCCGACGCACACGCCCGCCCUCCUCCCGCAGGACCCGUACCUCCGCGCCCGCGCCCGCAUCUGGAUCGACUACGUCACCUCCCGCAUCAUCCCCGCCUUCCACCGCUUCCUCCAGCAUCAGCCCCUGCCCUCCUCGUCCCAGGGGGGUAAUGGUAAUACUGGGGCGGAUGAGCUCCAGACCCUCCGCACGGAGUUUCUAGCCACGCUGAAGGAGUUCACGCGGGAGCUGCACCCGCAGGGCCCGUACUUCCUGGGCGAGGAAUUGAGUCUGGUGGAUGUGGUGCUCGCGCCGUGGGCGGUUCGGUUGUGGGUGUUUGAUGAGUUCAAGGGGGGGUUGGAGAUUCCGGCGCCGGGGCAGGCGGGGAC